ACCAGCUCUGCCACGGCAUCUGCUCCUCGGAGCUUUGGGAAUUGAGAGGUUUUCCUGCCGGCAGAGCAGGGUGCGGGGUGCUGGGGGGAGCAGAGCCCCUGGCACACUCGAUGCACGCUUGCCUGCGAUGCCAUCUGCCAGGCUUUCUCCUGGCUGCGGGUUCCUGUGGCUUCUCUCAUGGCUAAUAAGGGUCGAGCUCAGACUCCAAAGUACUUCCCGAAGUACCUGCUGCAUCUUUGUGCCAUCCCUGGACACAGCGUGGCUGUGCAUUCCCUCUGGGAAUGCUGCAGGGCAGGCAGGCAGGGUGACAUUUGCAGUUAGCAGUGGGUGUCCUUGAGAGGAGCGAGCACCGAGAGAAGGGACCAGGUUCUCUUUAAGGGGGCAGGACUUUGGGAACAUUAUGAAGGCAAGAGUGAGCUUCUCCCUCUGCCUUCCACCCUCCCCUCCUUCCCUUCUCUGUUCCGGGACAGAGACCUGGAUUCCCUGCCCUCCCCUUUGCCUGGCAGGGAUGAAGGCAGGAGCUGGGUGCUGGGAUGGGCGGCUGAGCAGGGGAGGAGGAGGAGGAGGGGAGGAAGGGGAGGGAGAGGGGGAGGAUCUGCUAAUUACACAGAACAGCUCUGGGGGCUGCUGAAGUCCAGAAUGAAGCAAAGAGCAGCAGAAGCGAGUGCUGCAGAGGGAGCGGAGGAGCCCAAGCAUCACCGAGAGCUGGAGCUGGCUGUUAUCCUUGCUGGGAGCAACUGGGAGCACCCAGGGGAUCCUGCAGCCCUGUCUCCCACGGGAGACAGCCUCUGGCACUGCCACCGAGCCCACUGCCAGCCCCUGGAGAGCCGAGGAGAAAGGGCUGGUGGUUGCAGCACGCGCGGCUGGGCUGGAGGGCAGCGAGGUCAGCCCUGCUAUGGUCACGGGAGGCUAGGAGCCUGUGCGGAUCCACCGGGAAGAGGUGAAGGAUGGCUGCCGAAGGAGGGAGAGCCAAGCCCGUUGCCCAGUCCAGGAUGGAGAACUUCCGAAAGGUGAGGACCUCGGAGGAAGAGAUGCCAUUACCCUUCCCAGACCUGCCCCCGGACGUGGUGGAGAUGAAAGUGAAGGAGGGCAGCAAGAUCAGGAACCUGAUGAACUUCGCCAUGGCCCAGAUGGAGCUGAAGGGCAGGCGGCAGAUCGUGUUCAGCGGCUGCGGCAGGGCGGUCACCAAGACCAUCACCUGCGUGGAGAUCAUGAAGCGCAAGCUGGGAGGGCUCCACCAGGUCACCAAGGUACGCUACAAAACUGUGCUGGAGGUCUGGGAGAACCAGGACCCGCCGCCCGACGGCCCUGCACAGAACCUGACUGUCCACAAGAACGUCCCCUCCAUCUGCAUCCUGCUCUCCCGGGACCCCCUGGAUCCCAACCAGAUGGGAUACCAGCCCCCUGAGCCCCGGCAUGAGGCGGGAGAAGACACAUUGGGAUCCUCCACCAAGGGGCUGAAGCGGCCGCUGCCGCCUCCCUGCGAGGAGCUGCUGCCCAAGAAGCUGCAGCCAGGUAUCGAGGCAGGAAUAUCCACUCAUUCCAGGGUCACUGGUGGGCUGCAGUCUCCCCCUGACCUGUCCCCACUUGGCUGCUCUUUGACCCCUGUGGAUGGGGGUCCCCAGAUUUGGUGUGAGCGUUAAAAGGUAAAACCCACCAUGGAUUGAAGCAGGUGAGGAUGUGGGGGGGGAGCUGGUGACCUCUAAUUCAGCCACCCAGGGACACCGUGACCACCAGCCACAUCCUGCAGCGACUCCCAGGGAGCCAGAGCAGCCGAGGGGUGCCUGGACCUCCACCACCGCUCCCCACUGCAAACACCUCAUCCAUCAGGAGAGAUGCAUUUGCCCCAAGCUUGUUGGAAGAAAACCUUCGUUAUCAAACCCGCUGCUGAGGAGCUGUCGGAGUUAUUAAUGCCGGGCUCAGCAUCCUGUGAGGCUGUGAUUCAUCCCAAAAAAAAUCACCCAAACAAGCACAGGGAUUGCUCUCUCCCUGCACCCACAGAGCCAAGCACUGCACUGCGCUGCCUGCCUGUGGGACAGCACAAGGAAAUAAAACAACCCACACUGGAUACUCUGGUCUGGAGUCAGGGGAAACCACGGUGUGGGGAGCUGGGGGCAAUGGAAGUGCCGGGCGGGGGGUUAUUGUGACUGGAUGCAGUGCCCAGCACAGGAGGUUUUGGGGUUGUGCCUUGGCUGCAGAGUGCUUUGGAGCAAAAUCCCUGCUACUUCCAGGGGGUAAAGAGAAAUGAAUGGAAAAUAAAAGCUCUUUAGAAAUA